AUGUGUUCAUCUUAUCCGGCCACAGAUCCCACAGCUGAUUAUAUAUUGUCUGAUUUAUUGACGGUCACCGAAGAUCUUGUUGAAUUUUCCAUUAAUGUUUUGGAUAUUGUUCGUUUACAAAUACAUUUUAAUGAUCGUAAUAGACGUGUUAAUUUGGGUUUACAAUUGAAAGAACAUGAACAGACUGAUAGAUUGAAAUACGGUUUUGUACAUACACAAAAACAAUCAUGUUCAGUAUCUACUACAUUAAAAUAUGAUCUCGCAUUACAUUUGAGACGGAUAUUACAGACAUGUAAACGAACAAAAGCGAAUUUACUGUUAUUACGUGUUAGUCGAUUUAAAUCUGGCAAUAAUACGUUGCUAUUGGUCGCAUCGACAGACGUUCGAGUCGAAGAAUUAAGUAAGAAAAUUAAAUUAUUAAUCCGUUUGGUUAAACAGAAUGGUGGCGAAUUUAAGGGUAAAUUUAAAAAGAAGACAAAAAAGAAACAUGAAUCAGAGAUGCUCAUCGAAGAAGAAUCCGAUAAACAACAGCAAGAGGAAGGUGGAAAGCAGUAUGAUACAAGUUCUCAAAAAGCAAUUAAUAGUAAAGAAAAUGUAACAUUAGCUGAAUCGACACAAAAUUACAAAGAACAGGAGAAAAAGAAACCUAAACCUAGUUUAAUGACUAAAGAUGAUCUGAACGAUUAUGUUGAAUUGACUCUCUCGUUUAAAAUGGUUGUAUCGAAAUAUCGUGAAUUUAUAAAACAAAUUCGUUAUGCCAGUACACAUUCAAUAAGUCGUGAAUCGAGUAUUGCCAAUUCGAUCAUUCUUGUACCUAUUGCAUCAAAUGCCAUCACAGAAUUAAAUAAUAUCAUAAAUCGAUUAAUGCAUAUUACUUAUACAUUGGAAGCUGAAUCAAAUUAUUCGAGACAACCAUUACCCGAUCAACAACAACAAGAUCAAAUUGAACUAUAUCGUGGACGUAGAAACAAUAAUAAUAGAACAGUCGAUUCUUAUACACAAAGUCAAAUGAUGAUAGGCGAACAUAAUCUGAAAAAUCUUUAUGAACCAGAACGAUUAUCAAAACAUGAUCAAAUAAAUCGUUUAACUAAAAGUCGUGCAGAAAAUCAUCAUGUUAAUGAACAAAAUAUCAGACGAUCAAAAGCAAGUUUAAAUAAUCAGCGUGAAGGUAAUCCAGCGUCAAUUUCUCGUCGAGGUAGCUGGUAUAGAAAUCAAUCAGCAUUGAGACAACAACAACUGCAACCGUCAUUAGAAAGUGUCCUCUUAACGUCCACGAUCGCACCAUCUUUCUCAUUGGAUCAUUCGUCCGUUCCUAAUCGUUUCACCACUCUUGAUGAAAAACAGUCAGUUAUAACAUCAAAUUUUAAAUUAACACAGAAUAUGAUAGCAAAUAUAUUUGGCAAUUUUUUUAAUUCAACGAAUCUGAAUGACAGUCUUCAAUUGAAUGAUAAAUUGUAA